CAGCAAGGGCUGGGACUACUGACACCGAGCUGUAGCUGCUUGCUGGGCAGAUGGAGGACUUGGCACCUCAGCUGGGUGGCAUACUUGUUGGUGACACCAGCAGUGAUGAGCCCAGUUCACAGAGCACACUGUAUUCUGGUGGCAUCAGUGUCCCUGUGACCUUGGUGGUGUCGGGUGGCCUCUCUGACCAAGCAGAUAUGGAAACCCACAGCAGUGCCAUGUUGUCCACAUUAGCGCUACAGACUGAUGAUGGCUGUGGGCCAGCAACACAAUUUUUUCUUGAGCAACUAGCUGAUGGCCAGACACGCCUAAAAACUGCAGAUGGGCAUAUGCUUGAAGUUGACAUUGACCCAGGAACUGUUGGCCUUGUUCAAGGGAAUUCUGGGGUUCCUGUGCUACUUCAGGUGUCACCUGACGGGACGUUGCUCAGAGAUGAUGUGCAGAUAGCAUUGGCAGCAUCGGGCGCAGUAGCUGAUAACUCCACUGACAGCACAGAGGAACAGCGAGAGGAAGCUGGCAGCUCUACACCUUGUGAAGACUCGGAGGAACCCAUGUUUCAAGAUGGGGAGCCGCUGCCUCUACAGAUGUACCUCCAGGUGGGCAAGGAAGCAGCUGACGAGAACAGUGCCUCUAUGGAGGAUGUUGUCCAGACAAAUACUGGCACUGCUGUUGCCAUUGUCACUCCUGAUGGUGACGAAUCGGAUGCUGACGAACUGCCAACGCCUACUGUUGUUCGACGUGUAGAGCGAGUGGAACGUCUGGAGGAUUUUAUGGAUGUGGUGACUACAUAUCACUGCAAGUUCUGUAGCUUCUCCUGUGCCUGGCGCUCUGGACUUAUGUCCCACUUCAGGAGUUGCCACGUGGCCCCAUCAUCAAGCAGCAGCCUCGAUCCCAUUGAGCGACCUGUUAACAGCAGACCCACAGUAAAGCCAGCAUCCAAACCUGCUCGAGCAGGCAGCAAUGCAGUGGCUUUUGCCCUGACUACAAUGGGUCCUGGUUUGAACACUGCUGUUGCUGGUGGUGCUACUGCUGCAGGAGCUGAGCCAAGCAUAGAAGUUGAUGCUGGUGCUACGGAGCCUGCAGUGACUGCUCCAGAGGAGCCUCCUCAGCCUCCCACCAGCACACCAGCCAACACGCAAGUCAGUGAAGCUACAUCAGAGCUGACAAAUGACACCAUACCCAGUCGUGCUCCCAUGGAUGCUUCCUUAGUGCUAGAGAGUGCAUUGGCCAGUAUGGUGUCGACUGGCAGCAAUGAAGUGCUGUCAAGUGGCAGCAGCCUGCUCCCAAGGGGUGAGGAUGGCCAACCUGUGCCAGCCCAAGAGCGACACAUUUUCAUCUGUGGACAGUGCAGCCAUGGCUUUGGCUCCCUCGACGAAUGCAAGGAACACAUGGUCGAGGUACACGACUUAAAAGUUGCUGCUGAGUGUGGUGUUGAGUCAAAGAAGACCGCAACUGGCCGCAAGCGAGGUCGGCCACGAGUUAUGCCUCAACUAUCCAGCAGCACAUCCAGCAUAUCCUGCACAGCUACUGCUGGCUCUGGUGUGAUCGAAGAUGCACUGCAGUCUGUUGAUGACGGGGAUUUGGAUGAUGGCAGCAAUGAAGCACUUGGCAAGCGUAGAGUACGCCCUCCUAAGAACCUCGAGGAAGACUACUUAGUAGCUCCAGCUAGAAGGCGGCGUGCAAAGAAAGAAAAUGCUGCUGAGAGGCAAUACAGGUGCGGGGAACGCAGUUGUGGUUAUCGUUUCCGUACUGAAAGCAGCCUUGAGUAUCAUGGGCGGUGCCAUACACCCACUGGCUCCAGACCAUACCGCUGUCCAGAGUGUGGGGAACAGAGAGACCAUUGGCGCAGCCUUGCUAUGCAUCUUUGGAGAAGUCACAUGCUGGACUUGGACUUGCACAGAUGUGCUCAGUGCGAGUACCGGACAUUCAGUGCUUUCAAGCUUGAGAACCACGCACGAAUUCAUAGUGAGGAGCGUGACUUCACAUGUGCUCAAUGCGGGAAGGGUUUCAAGCAACUCUCACAACUACGGAACCAUCAUGUUGUGCAUUUGGACCGCAAGAACACACCACAUAAACGUUGGUACAGCCAGCAGACCUGUGAACUGUGUCAGCGCACAUUCUCAGACUCCAAAUGUUUACGCAAGCACCAUCAAGCAGUUCAUGGAAAGGUGAAGCCAUAUGUGUGCUCGUUCUGUGGCCACAUGUCUGCGCGCAAGGCCAUGCUGCAACUGCACCUCCGCCAGCACACAGGAGAAAAGCCAUUUGCUUGCAACCUGUGCGAGUACCGCACGGGAGACCACAAUUCACUGCGCCGGCACAAAAUGCGCCACUCCGGUACGAAGCCAUACAAGUGCCCACACUGUCCUUACGCCUGCAUCCAGGCUAUCUCAUACAAGAUGCACAUGAAGAACAAGCAUCCUGGCCUGGAUGGAUUGUAUGCUUGUUCACUAUGCAGUUUUCGCUCAGUAAGCAAGGAGAACUACACCAACCACAUGUCAGACCAUAAACGAGGUUUCCUUGCGGUGCCUGCCCAGCUUUCCAGCCCGAGCACAGCCAACUCUGCAGCAAGCACUGAGGGAGAAGGACUGCAGUUGCCUGAAGGCACCCUGCAGCAGCUGGAAGGUAUUCUACCAGGCAACCUAAAUGCAGCUCAACUCAUCUAUAGCUGUUUAAGUGCCCUGCAGCAGGAAGGGGGAUCUGCCAACCUGCCUCCUGGUGUAACUACAUACUCGACUGGUGAUGGCACUCAGACAAUCACUAUACAGGUUCCCUCAUCCACGGCAGGAGACGACAGUGGAUCAUCACUUCUGGCAACACCUUCCGAACAAGACCAAUUCUAUUUGACAGUACAACAACAAGAAGAUGGAAGUAUGGCCUACCUGAGUGGGGAGGGAUUUUCGUCGCAGGGAGCUGAUAUGGACGACGAUGCCGCAGGCCUCAAGAUUAGUGCUGUGCACUUCACAGGAAGCAGAUAAUGUUGGUUCAAAGGCUCCUAUACCCUGGAACUGCUGCACAUGAACUGAAACAGGCCCAGAGUGCAGAAGUUAAACUUUCGCAUGAAGGAUUAUGUCUGCAUCAUCAUCGUUAGAAGCGUGAUGCUCAUGCAAACAAUAUCUAUUUUGAUCCCGUGUGCAGCUUCUGUACUGCAGGCCUUACAGUUGUGCCAUGAGCUCCGCUCAGUCUGUGAUUAGGUGGUGACUGCUUGCAUUUUAGCAUGUUUGUUUGUGGUAGAACUGGAACUGGAAUGGUUGGUUUUGACCCUGAAGGCUGUGAAGCAGAUUUUUUCCUCUUCAACCUGUCAGGCAGCCCAUUGUUUUUACUCUAUACAUUUGCGGAACGAUGUUUUUGCCAAUAUCUCGCAUGAUAAUUCAAAAGAGCCUCUGGUUCAGCCAGACCAACAAUUUUUGUUUUUAUUUGCUAUACAAGCAAUUCUUUUUGUAAAUUCUUUGAACAGUUGCUUCCAAAAUUAUGCACUGUACUGUGAUGCUGCUUUAUAUCGCAUGGUAUAGUAUGCAGGAAAGGAAAAGCCCUGCUUUGAAUAGUUUGCAAAAUGAUGUACUGUACUAUGAUGCUUUUUAUCACGUGGUGUAGUGUGCAUGAAAGGAAAAGCCCUGUUCAGCAGUGACAACGAAAGAUGUAUUUAAAUGGAGUAUUGCCUAGGUUUCAUCAGAAUAAUGCUAUUGUUUUUUUUGUUUUUUGUUUUUUUUCUGUGCUAAAUGUUGCUUAUUUCAGAUGGCCAGCAAUAGAAUUUUUUAACAAAUGCUACAGCCUACUUUUCAUAGCAGAGUGUACUCCAUGCCAGCUAAUAUUUACAUGUACAGUGAAAUCUCAUUGCUACGAUCUUCACAGGAACCGGAAAAUAAUGCUUAUCAUCCAAAAAUUGUAUUAUCGGGAAAAGAAAAAAAAAUGUAUUAACCGGAAAAACCUAUUAUGCAGAAUCGUAUAACGAGAUUCCACUUUAUUAGCUGACCAUGUAGUCAUGCAUGUAGCAUUCCACUGAACAGCGGCAGCUGUUCAGUGGAAUGCCAGUGCACGUGCUCACAACGCUGAUGCAAGCAGUGUAAUGUAGAAGAACACUGCCCUCAUUCUACUGCCGAGUGAAUUGAGCACAGCGUGGUAGUGUGUCCACUUGGCUUCUUGGUCAUUUUGCAGCCAAGCUGAUGCUGUGUUGCUAGCUUUUCUGGGAGAUGUUUUCACGGAAAAUUCGAUAUCAGCGCAGUCAUCUGCAGUGCCCAAGUGUGUGAAAAGUGAACAGAGUGCGACCGUAAGCAACGCUCACCUAUAACUGUCUGUCAUAUGCAACUGAGCUGUCCAGCAAGUUUUAGUCAGUGCUGAAAUGUGGUCUUUUAAGAAUUCUACCAUGAAAGGUAAUAUUAUAGCAUAUAAGGGAUGCCUUUUUGUCAAUUUUUAAUUUUAUGUAUUUCCUGCAUUUUUUUUUUUUUUUUGGUUUCUUAGUAGUUUUGUUGGUUUCUUAGUAGAGAAAAGCCAAUACAUCUGAAGUAUUAGGGCUUUGAUGAUGUUUGCAAACAAAUUUGAUAAAUUUGCGCUGGAAGUUAGCUUUGCAGUGUCCUUUUGCAUGUUGGGCUCUCACAAGUUGCAGUGAUGAGCCACAUUACAUUGUGGAACUCACUUGAUGAUGCAUGCUGUUAGGUGAGUUAGUACCGGAUAUUUAAAAUUCCAAAGCACAAACAAACACACAAGAACAGAAGAAAGUGUACUUUGUGUUGAACUCGAUGUGCUAUGGUUUAUAUCCAACCUUUGUCUCUUGUUGAACCUUACAUUUGUGUAAUGCUUAUAUUUUACAGAUUAAGUUAUGUAUUCAAUGUUAUGCAGCAUGAGAUGGAUAUGAUGUGAACCCUCAACACUGCAGCAGCACAUGGCUCCCCAGUUGCAACAGAAAGAGCAACUUGCACCGCUGCAAAAGUUGCAUUUGCCUUCUAGGGGAGCUGGUAUUGUCCGCAAAAGUGAGCAGUGAUAGCAUCACUGUGAUGCAUGAUGCAUCUGAAGAAAUGCAUUCACAUGCCUACAGAACAUAUGUGUUUCACUGCUUCAAAUUCAUUAUCAUUAUAAUGAGCAAAAAAUAAAAAGAAUGUGGGGCAACAGUAGAAGCCCCCUCCCCUUUCCUCUUUCUUUGCUCAAGCCUUGAUUUUUGGGAACUUCUCAGUUUUGAAUUUCCAUAUUUCAAAUUUCACCCACUGUUAAAAGCAUGAAGCUGUGAAAAUUUUUUGUUGCAGCUGGUCUUUAAAUAAUAAUUAGCAAUUCUAUAGACUCUUUGCAGCACUGCGGCAUAGACGUGGCCACAUUUGAUCACAUGGGUGCACUAACAUAAGCGGCCUUGUGCUUGGAGAGGCUGGUCGCAGAGCAGCUGUAUGGCAGAGGAAAGAGUAAUACUUUUCGGAAGCACUAUUACAUAGAUGACCCCUAGACUAACAAUAUGCAAAUCUAAUGAUGUACAGAACACGCAGUGAGCAAUUCUGAGGCACCAUCUCUGCAUUUUGCAUCAAGCGAUAUGAGUUGCAAGGUGCAUGCCGUGCAUGAUGCAUUAGUUUCUUCAUGACUAAAAGGCUUUGUACCAAAAAUAUAAAGCUAUACAAUUCCGUGCUUGCCUUGAGAUGAACACUCAUUAGCUGCACUGCGUAUGUGUUUUACCUUUCGGAGGCAUUUCGUGAACUGUUCUCGUACACAAUUUGCCUCGGUCUGCUUGCCAGACCACGCUUGCAUGUUCUUAUCCGCUUGGUAUUGGAACUAUGGCUAACCAUGUAAAAAGAUGCAAAGUUCUUUUCAGAACUCGUUAUAUGCCAUAUGCUAUGUAUAUAUAGCUUGGAGCACGUCAGCAAGCUACAGGUGUUGGAUGCCGUCAUCACCACUAUAUCGAUGAAACUGCUCACUUGAUCAGCAUGUAUACUUUAUUGACUGUUGGAAUGGGAACUAAGCAAGGUUUAAAUAGGAAAGCCGCAUGCUUUGGAAUCUGCUGGAGCUAGACUUAGCCACUUUAUUCCUUUAUAAUUAGUAAAAUGCUUUUCACCCUCUAUAACUAUUUCUAGGCAGUUGCACCUGACUUCAAAUAAUACAACUCUUGCGGGUUUAAGAGUAUUCUCGCACAGUACAGAAAGGAGAGUUGUAACAGGUGAGCUACUUGCUGCCAUGUAUAAGCCAUGCCAUCGAUAGUCUUGCCACUCUAAUGUUUCUUCAAUUGCAACAUGUUUAAAGUGAAUUGUGUAGAAAUUAGUGCAAAAGUCAUGGGAAUCAAUGCAAAAAAAUGAUGCACUGCUGAAUGAACUCUUCUGUUUAUAGUGAGUAGCCAUCUUUAUGUAGCAAAUGAUGACGGCCUUUGCUCAGGCUCUUCCAUGUUUCAAAGCACUGUGCUUUGGUAAGGCCAUCACUGCAUGUUGGCGGGCUUACACGAGAAAACCAGACCGAGACUCGGCUACUCCUCGUUCCAACUUCUUCCUCUUUUCUCUCGCAGUACCUGCCUGCAUGUGUUAAUUCUUUUUCUACAACGCAAUUACAGCAAACAUAGCUUUUUCUUCAACUCGUAUAUUUCCUUAUCAAAUGCAACCCCCCCACAGCUGACAGUAGACGGCACGGCACGCCCAGCUGCCCCCAGCCACACAUUUUAGCUCUGCAUAAGGCUGCAAAUUGACGGAGCUGCGCAUGCAACUGGUGUUGCCGUCUGGUUUCCAAUGUUCAAACUGCUUGCUGCAAAGUGUUUAUAGCAUGCAUUGUUUCUGUUGGCCAUAGAUAAAUUACUUUGCUUUGGCUAUGUUGGGUUUUGUCACCUGGAGACAGAAUCUGUUUUGAAAAAAUAUUGGUGAGAAUGUGGUAGCAAUGAGUGCUUGGUGCUACUUGAUAUUGUUAUGUGGCGAAUUGUGCUCUGAAUACCUAUACCAUUGUUGGGCACAAGUGCAGAAGACAUUUUAAUUUGUAUGUAACUACAAAAUCUUUGUUCAAAAACAUGCCUACACAAUUCAGUAGAUCAGUUCCCCAUUGUUUUUCUUGAUUAGUGCUGGAUACAAGAAAAAGCACAGUGAGGGUGGUUGUGACAGUUUACUAGACUGGAAUGUAGUGUAUGAAAAAAAAUGAAAAAAAAAAAAACAUACAGGUUAACACAUUCUAAAUUGAUGUCUGUGUUAACUCACUUCAAAGGUAUACCUUGUAUAAGAAACCCAUUCCCUGGAACAACAAAGCAUUGUAUUUGCGAUUGGAGCUGUACUAACACAAAUAUUUGGUACUCCUGUACUAACAAUAGUGUGAAUAGGUGCUGUCCUGUCAUGAAAUGUUGGCAUGGCUUCUAGGUAUCUUCCAAUGACCGAGCUUAUAGGUCUAGUCUUUACAAGAUUGUACAUACGUGUACAUUAAACAAAUUUCAUUUUCACAUUGCUGUUCUGCAGCUCUCCACAUCUAUUACAGUGACAUGCUUUAGAUUUCUAGUUUUGUCUUCCAUGUUUCAAAGCAGUUUAGAUGUAGUAUCUUGCCAGUUCUCACUUAAAUGUGGAGCUGGAAAGUUGCAAUCUUUGUAUGAAAAUAAACCUAGUGGGUUGAUUAUUUGUUUUGUUCA